AUGGUUUGUGAGAGGGGUGGGAAGAAAGUAAGCAAGAAGAAAAAUGGUAAGCCAUAUGUUGGGAAGACCGGGAAAAAAUAUAAGACUAAAACAAGGAAGAUAAAUUGUCCUUUCAAGAUCGUCUUAAAGUGGAACAUAAAUGAAAAAGUUUUCAAAAUGAAUGAAGAUAUGGAUUGCCGUCAUAACCACCCACGUCCAAAGGAUCUUCAUGGACAUUAUAGAGACGGAAGACUAAAAGCUCAUGAAUAUGCGGAGGUAGAUAAAAUGACACGAGCACGUAUGGCACCCUCUAAAAUUCUUAGCAAGUUGAAGGCGGAUGAUAAGAAUAACAAGACUACGUUGCAACAAAUCUAUAACGCGAGAAGUACUUUGAGAAGAAAGGAUUUGCAAGGUAGGUUGGUGAUGCAACAAUUAUUGUGGUUGGCCCAAAAGAAUAACUAUGCUUGCCAAAAGAAAUUUGAUGAAUUUGGCCAUGUGACGCACCUUUUUAUUGCCCAUCCGGAAUGCGUAAAGUUGGUGUUAUGCUUCCCACAAGUUCUCAUAUUGGAUUGCACUUACAAGACCAAUAAGUAUGAGAUUCCCUUGAUGAACGUUGUUGGUCAUACGUCAACCAAGUCUCCUUUCACCGUUGCUUUUUGUUUUUUGCAUGAUGAGUUGAAAGAAAGCUAUGUAUGGGCAUUGGAACAAGUGAAGUUAAUCUUCCGGGAGGAUGCUCUACCAAAAGUCAUGGUAACCGACCAAGAGGCGGCAUUGAUGUUUGCCAUCAGGAAGGUAUUUCCGAACGCGCAAAACUUUCUUUGUACCUUUCAUGUAUGGAAUAAUGUUAGGAAGAAAUGCCAAGGGAUAAUCCAACCGCUCAAGUUGAAAGAGCUAGAGAAGAUUGCUACAUUACCGGAUGGAGAACGAGAAGUGAAGAAGAAAGAAUUCAGGAAAUCAUAUGAGGCUAAUGAAAGGAUGUGGGCAUGUUUCCACAAUGAUUGGGAAUCUUUGACUUGGUCCAUCACCGAAGAAGUGUAUGAAGAAAAUGUUGCAAAGCUCAUUGCGAAUUGGGGCGUCAAAUACCCGGAAAUCAUUAUAUAUUUACGCAAGCAAUUCUUGGAUACCAAUGCACAUAGAUUUGUUAGUGCAUUUAAAAACCACCACAAGCACUUCGACAACCAAGCUACAAGUAUGGUAGAGUCGGCUCACUAUCGUUUGAAGAGGAAUCUAUUUGGGUGCGUGGACACGUUCGUCACGGUGUUUGACGCAAUGGAAGACUAUUUCAUGAGUGACGUUAUAAGAAUUGGAACAUUAUUCGAAAAAAGUAUAAUGAUGAAGCAUGAUGAAUUCCCGGAUGUUAAGUGGCUUCGGGGACUAACCAUAGGGUCUCUCAUUUUUACAUUACACUUAUAA